GCUGCAACAAAGACAGAACAACGCUUCCGUAGAGCAUAUCAUUUUAAUUUUGUGGUUGGUGGCAAAAUUUUCGUGCUCUGUGCAAAGUGAAAAUUCAGUGUGCAAACUUUAAUUAAUUUGCCUGAAAAUUGUUUUCAGGUGCAGAAUAAGUGUUCCAUUAUGUUUAUAUAAUGCACUAAAUGCAAACAAACAAAAGCAAUUUAGCGAAAAUAUCAAAUAAAAAACACACAAAAUGAAUAGCUUAUUCUAUUUGUGGGUAUUUUUCACGGCAGCCAUUUUUGUUCAACGAGCUUUGGCUGUACCCUCAACCACCGUAACUGAAGUUCCUGACGAGGACGAUGAAGACGAUUUUGAUGAUUCCGAUGAGUCGGCAGAGGCCGAUGACGAUAGUCGCAUUUAUAAGAAUCCAAGAAAUUCACCGUCAUCUGAUUGCCCACGCGAUGAAGAACAAGCCACUUUACUGGGCCAAAAAUGCUUGAGAAAAUGUUCAUCGCAUGAAGAUUGCAAGAGCAAGAAGAAAAAGUGCUUGUGCGAUGGUGUUUGUGGAAUGUCUUGUAUUAAGCCAGAUCGUGAAUGCCCAGAGCUUCCACAGCCUGAACUUGGUGCUGUCACUUUAUCUGGACGUGAAUUCGGCGGAAAAGCAACUUAUACUUGUCCAAUUGGUUACAACGUUGUUGGGCUCGCAACCAGAUUGUGCCGAAAUGGUCAAUGGACUGGAACACAACCGGUUUGCUCUAAAAACAUAUUUUGUUUAACUCCUCCUGUAAUUGAGCAUGCUCGUCAUUCAGCAUUGCCGGAGCAAGCAACAUUCGAACUUGAUUCAACAGUACAAUAUCACUGUUAUACUGGUUAUGUGACUGCCGGUUUUCCACGAGCCAAAUGCUUGGCUAUUGAUGGUCAGGCAAGUUGGUACGGACCUGAUAUUAACUGUGAGCCCCGUACAUGUGGUCAACCACCUGAUCCGGCUCAUGGAUGGCACGCUGGUGAAUGCUAUACGUUUGGAUGCCGCAUCACCUAUCACUGCGGUGAGGGUUAUGAGUUGGUUGGAAAAUCCGAGCGUUUCUGCCAGGCAACCGGUGACUGGUCACCGAAAGAGAUGCCAACAUGUGUGCUUGUUACAUCGGUCGUUUGCCCAAUACCGGAGAGUCCGAAAAAUGGAAAAGCUAUUUAUACCAGUCUUUCAUACAAUUCGAUUGUGAGUUAUGAGUGUCGCUACGGGUAUACAUUGGUUAAUGACAGUUCACGACGUUGCGGAGCCGAUCGAAAGUGGAGCGGUACUUUGCCAACAUGCAAAGAAAUCAAUUGCGGAUCGCCGGGAGUUUUGUUCAACGGCUGGUUGGAGAAUAUUGACGCCGGUACAGGUCUAGGGGCUAGCAUCAUAUUUAGGUGUCAACCUGGCAUGUUACUUAUCGGUAACACAUCAACUGUUUGCCAAAUCGAUGGGAGGUGGAGAUAUCCUGUACCAGAAUGCUUGGCACCUUGCGUUAUUCCAACUGUCGCACAAGGCACGGUAAUUGCAAUGGAAAAGGAACUCGAUCCAAAUGCUACGACACAAAUCACACCGACACUUCCACCCAGCUCGAAUCAAGUGAUUCAUGGAACCACAUUGGAAGUCGUUUGCGAAGAUCACUAUGAGUUUCCCAUCAUAUCAUCUUCUCCACCAACUUGUUUGAACGGCACCUGGUCCAUUAUACCUCGCUGCACACCAGCUCGAUGUAAAAUUCUACCUAAACCACCUAAAUUUGGUAUGGUACUGGCGCCAAAAACCGAACACGGGAUGAAGGCGCGGUUCAAAUGCAAAGACGGCUUCAAAUUGAUUUCGCCGGAAGGAAAAGAUGUCAUCGAUGAAAAUGAAUAUGUUUUAACCUGCGCGUUUGGCAAUUGGACCGGAAUAACACCAAUGUGUCAAGAGCUGUUUUGUGCAUUCCCUGGUUACGUUAAGAAUGGAAAAAUUUUACUCAUUGGCAACAUGGGUCUUUAUGAUUAUCGGCCAUACGUUAAAAAGAUAAUGAACAACAAGCAAAUAAUGUACGAUUGCGACAAAGGUUAUAUUUUAGGAGAAAGGGGGCCUGUGGGGGCUACAUGCGUAGGUGGUGUAUGGCGUCCGGUUGAGAUGCCCGAAUGUUUGCCUGGAAUACAUCCUCGAUUGAGAUGGGCUCGACGCAAACGAGACGCCAAAAACCAUCGGAAUCGUAAAUUUCUCAGCAAAUUCAGUAAUUUUAAACGCGAAAUGAGCAAAUGCCUUCGGAAAAAUGCAGUAAUAGAUGAUCCAUUCCCUGUGAAAAAUCUACGAACCAAAAGAAACAUUCUUUAUCAGAGAGGUGGCCAACAGAGAAUUCAUCGAAGACCAAUUCGAAAUCAUCAUGUCAAUCACAAGUGGCACCUUGUUGCUCCCGCUAUCAUACGUUUCAAGCGAGGCGCCAACCGAAAACCAGUUCCAGAGAUUGAAUAUCAGUUCGCACGACCACUACGCAACGAAUUUAGACAACAACAACGAAAUCGAUUUGAAGAAGAACAACAACGAGCCUACAACAAAUACUACGAACGAAUCAGACAAAAACAUCGAAAUUACAUAAACAAUUUAUUGCGUGCAUCGCACAGCCAAAGUGUUAUGGAUGACGAACCGCUAAUAUUUGAUAACAAAGAAAAUACAUAUCAUGGUGAGGAUGACUACAAAACUCCUGCAAAGGAUCCUUUCGAUGAAAUGAAUGCAUACGCUUCGAUGCCGAUUCCAUUGCCGAACAUCAACGAAAAUCGAAAUGUUUACGCGAAGAAAGAAAUCUAUGAUGGCAUUGUUAACAAUACGUUUGUUGGCCGAAGUCGCAGCAGCGAUCAAGUCCAAAAUGAAGAUAGAUUCAAAAACAGGAAUCAUCUGCCACAAAAACCUUCAAACGAUUACUAUGAACUCACACCCAAACAACAUGGUAGUAACGCAACAGACAUUCUAGAUUUGCUACGAUCGCAAAUCAUUCGACGCAGAAAAAGAAUUCUCAACAGUGUCAAAGGUCAAGAGCAAGAAACAUUUGCAUUGAGUAGAACAAAAGAGUUUCACAGAGUAAAGCGCGCACCACGUGCUCCGAAGAAAAACGAAGAGCAAGUUGAUGAAGAUGGCAACGGCAGUGACACCGAGAAUCCUAGAAAAGCAAGAACAAAGGAACCAUGCGAGCCAAUCGCAAUGAAACCCUAUAUCCGCAUUGACAUAGUACGUGAAGGGCGAGAUCCAUCAAAUGAAUUCAGUACGGGUACCAUCAUUCGAGCUACGUGUGCCAAGGAAUAUCGAUUGAACUUACAAAAUCCAAAUGGAACGGCGAAAUGUGUUCGCGGACGUUGGAAGCCAUUGACACCCGAGUGUACAUUGGUACCUUGUUCGAUCGCAUCAACGGAACAUGGAAGCUAUGUGGCCAUUGUUGUUGAUCAGAAAGAUGACAGCGGCAAAACAACCACGCAACCGCUCAAUGCAUUUGAUGAGAUUCAAAGUGGAGAAAUUGUUCAAUUCAGUUGCGAUGAAGGGUACACGGUGCAAGGACCGAACAGAUUGAAAUGCCAAGAGGGAAGCUGGGACGUUAAUGGUUUGCCAGAGUGUGUUCCAGCGCCUUGCUCGUUGCCAACCAUAGAUAAUGCUGUUUAUCAAGGUGGCUAUCGCUCCGGACUGACGAUUGCUCACGCAAGUGCGGUUUCUGUUCAGUGUGAUGGCACCGAUCAAACUGUCCAAAUGUCAUGUUCAUUGGGCGUUUUAACACCUCAAACGGUUCAUUGCAUGGAAACAAUUGUGGCUGCGCAACGAACUCGUGAAAUUGAAUAUCUGGGUGAAGUUGAAUUUGUCAGUUCAAAUCAAGAUGUGGCAAGUAUUUUAACUGGAUUCAAGAAAAUGAACGACAAAUACGGCAAAACCAAAACUAUGGUGGCCACAAAAUCAGAAAACAGCGGCAGUUACUAUCAACAUGCAUUCGGUGAUGGAAAAGCAUGCGAAAUGCCAAAAAGAAUUGAAGAUACGAUACUAUACAAAAAUGGUGAGCCAGUCGUUGACACGGAUGAGGGAUUCGAGACGGGUACAGAAAUUACAUUUAACUGUAUCAAAGGUGCAGCCGGCGAGAGAACUACUUGGAAAAUCACAUGUGAUGAUGGCAUUUGGAGUGGCCGCUCUUUCGAUUGCACAAACGGCACCUGCAUCUUCUAUAACAAUGAACCGAAUGUUGUAAGUUUCUAUAAUGAUCUGCAGAUUCGUGAAGAUGUUGUUGAAUUCCCACCGGGCGCAACAAUCGUAUCGAGAUGUACGGAUAUCGGUAAAUAUCAAAUGCUUGGAAAUAAUGUUCUCACUUGUAUUCAUUCGGAGUGGAAUGGUAUUAAACCACAAUGCUUGGGAUUAAAUCAGGAAAAUGAUUAUGCAAUGGAAAAAUCUCCAACCAUUCUGUUUCGCCAUCACAACGGCCCCAUUGCACAAAGCAAUGAUGGAAAGCUAGUUGUAUAUCCAGGCACAACGGUGCAUAUGGAGUGCCUUUGGAUGCGACGAUUUGGCAAUCCCAAAUGGACUGUUAAUCAUACAUUUAGAAAUUAUCCAGAGGGAUGGGUAACUGAUGAAGGCCGUGACAAUACAUUGGAAUAUCGAUUGAGCAUAUUCCAUGCGGUCGAACAUGAUUCGGGCAUCUACACAUGCAUGACACCAGCUCGGCAUGACCAUACAGUUGAAGUACUUGUCCGGCCAAUUCAUUGUCCAGAGAUUCCGAAUAAACGUGGGCUCAAGGUGAAUGUGAACGACACCAAGCUUGGUACAAAAAUUCAGUUGUCCUGCAUAAAUGGAAACUCAUUGAUCGGUGCAUCCGAAUUGAUAUGCAUGCCAAGUGGCAAUUGGAGUUCACCGCUUCCGGUGUGUGAAAGCAUUGAAUGUGGCGACAUCCCAAUUUUGGCUUCAUCCAAUCGAUCUGUGCCAAGAGUAACGAUACUAUCCCGUGAAGUUGGCGGCCGAGCAACAUUUUCAUGUCAAACUGGCUAUGGAUUACGUGGUCCAUCACAAACAACAUGCUUAUCAACUGGUGAAUGGGCGCAUCCAUUCCCAACGUGCACUGAAGUGCAAUGCGAUAAUCCUGGGGCUCCAAACAAUGGUUAUGCUCAAGGUUCGGUCCCAUAUCGAGCGGGAGACGUAAUCCAAUUCAACUGCAAUCCCGAAUAUAUGAUGCAAGGACAACCAAUUAUCGCGUGUCAGGAUAAUGGCAGAUGGUCGGGUGUUUUACCAAAAUGUGUGCAAGCUUGUUCAUAUCCUGGCACAGCGAUUGCUGGUCGCAUGUCGUCGGUAAAAUUCUAUUAUUCGAUCGGCGAGAGCAUAACAUUCACAUGUGAUGCCGGUUUAGAAUUGAAGGGGGCUCGAACGAUUAAAUGUUUGCGAAAUGCCAAAUGGUCCAAUGCAAUUCCAAGCUGCAUUGGACCAGAGCAAUUAAAUGCUUAAAAUAGCCACCAUUUUUUCCUCAGUCAAUUCAAUUUUAAUAUCAUUGAUUUAUUCAGGGUCAUUCCAUUGAUUCGAUUUCAUAAGAUGAAAACGCAUGUUUAUAUAGGUAUAUACCUACUCAAAUCCAUCGACAGCCAAGAAAAAAAAAUCCAUAUAUUAUCUGUUUUAUAUUUCUAUUUCUUAUAAUAUUGUAAGAGGUCAACAAUUAUUCAGAUUAUUAUCUUGGGGGUGUUAGUUGUGAUAUUUAUAAAUAUAUUAAAAGAGACAAAAAGCAAAUAUUUAUGAACAUUUAAUGAAUAAUGAGAAAGAAAAAGGAAAAUAAAAUCAGUAUAGAGUUUUAUUGCUCAGUUUUAUCAUGAACGAGAGUAGUUUUUUCAGAUUUUCAAAGUCAAUCUAUUCGUUUCGAUAUUUUAAACAAAGCAAUAUAUUUUAUCUCGUUAACAAUCAAACAUAUAGAUUAUAUUUUGUGAAAUGUUUGGAAAUCAUAAACCUUUGUUUAUUCUCUGUGUGUAUGCAUGAAUUUUGUCAGGAGAAAAUGAGUUGAACAAAAAUUUACGACACAAAGACACUCGUGAUAUCGGCCACAGUAUCAUAACGAAAAAUAAAAAACAAAUUCAUAAUAAAUUGACGAACAGCAUUUUGAACAUGUGUAAAUGAAUAUGGAAUUUUGAAAAAUGAAUAAUAAUUUAAAAAAAAGAAAGAAAACAAUAGGUAUUUAGGGACUAAACAUUAUGUCUGAAUGUGUACUGAAAAUGAUUUAAAAAAACAAACAAAUUGUAGAUUUAAGCAAUUGAAACGUUUCUUCCACUUGAACAUAUUUACAUAUUUAUCAUGAUAAAAAUUAUUAAUAUAUGGUAGACACUUUGUAGAUGCAUUUUUCGCAGCAAAUCAAUUUUAAUCAUUUCAUUUAGAAAUUCAAUUUAUUUCAUUGUGUCCGACUUAUUUUUUAUUUCAUAUCAUUUCUUUAGUUACAUCAGAAUAUUCACGACAAUUAAUUCAAAAUGAAAAAUAAUUUGGCUCAAGUUCUUAUGCCUGCUUUUCACUGGGUUUUCUUCCCUUAUUUAUUGGAACUUAUAGAUACCAAAACUAACAACUGUAUUUAACAUUAGAAUAAAGGUAUUUUAAUAAAAAGAAA